AUGCUCCUUCGUUUGGAAAAAAGGUUCGGUAGCGACGCGAAACUCAAGGAGGCUUACUCGAGCUUCCUUCGUGAAUAUCGUGAACUCGGGCACAUGCGUCGCGCUAUCAAUAUACCUGAAGACAAUUCCCGCGUGUUUUAUCUUUCCCAUCACGGUGUAGUUCGCGACAGCAGUUCAACAACAAAGUUAGGUGUCGUGUUCAACGGGUCUCAAAGAACCAACCUCGGACUCUCUCUCAAUGAAAAUCUUCUCGUCGGACCAAAAGUGCAAACCGACCUCGCGGACGUUCUCUUACGCUGGCGACAAUAUCCAGUCGCGUUCUCAUCAGACAUCGUCACGAUGUACCGACAAAUUUUGGUCCACAAUGAUGACCAAGAUUUUCAGCGAAUCCUCUGGAGGGAAGAACCAGAGCUACCGAUUGAAGAAUAUCAACUGACUACGGUAACGUAUGGUCUUGCAAGCGCUCCGUAUCUCGCGAUCCGUGUUCUUCAUCAACUGGUUCAGGACGAAGGUAAGCAGUAUCCCUUUGCGAGCCACGUCAUUCUCGAGAACACGUACGUCGACGACAUCCUCUCAGGAGCAGAGGACGUUGAUCAAGGUCGCGAGAAAAUCAACGAACUCAAUCAAAAGCUCAAGGCGGGCGGCUUUGAACUUCAAAAGUGGACUUCAAGCCACCCAGAAACUCUCGUUGACAUUUCUCGAAACCAUCAAGAGAUCGCGAUGCAUCUAAAUCUCGAUCAAAGUCCAUUCUUUCGGGCUCUCGGUCUUGCGUGGAGACCAGACAUCGACGCGUUCGCGUUCUCUCCGCAAAUUCAUCAAACUCGGGACAAUUUCACGAAACGAAAAGUUCUCUCACCGACCGCGCAGCUCUUUGAUCCUCUUGGAUGGCUCUCGCCGAUCACGAUCAGAGCCAAAAUCUUUAUGCAGGAAUUGUGGGCACUCGGUUUCGACUGGGACGAGCCGCUCUCAGCUUCAUUGUCCUCGCGAUGGAUCGAGUUUCUACAAGAUCUUCAAGGCAUCUCAGCUAUCACCAUCCCACGAUGGAUCGGGUUAAGUUCAGCAUCUCUCGGGAUAGAGAUCCACGGUUUCGCGGACGCCUCUCAAAGUGCAUUAGGCGCAGUGAUCUAUGCGCGAACGUAUAUCAACACUCACGAAGUGCGCGUUUCACUAGUGUGCGCGAAAACUAAAGUAGCGCCGCUAAAGAAGGUGACAAUUCCUCGUCUCGAACUCUGUGCUGCGAAUCUUCUCGUCCGUGCAUCUCCGGAGCAACUCCAAAAAUCAGAACUUUGGACCUUCGGACCAUCCUGGCUCUCGAAGCCUUCUGUCAAUUGGCCAUCCUUAUCUCCGCGACCGGAAGAAAACAUUCAUCUCGAGGAAAGAAAAGGGCUGUCGACGCACACCGCAACAGCUAAGGUGCUACAAAUCUGGGAUCUCGUCGAUCGCUACUCAAAACUAUCGACUCUCCUCAGAGUCACAUCAUUGUGUAAACGCGCAGCAAAUCGGUUCCUUGCGAAGACGACAUCGAAUCACGUAAACACGUCUAUCACUGUCGGACCGAUCUCUACUCUCGAAUUGAGCGACGUUCAACUGUUUUGGACCAAGGUGACCCAGCAGGCGUACUUCGCAGAAGAAAUUCGCCAAAUCGAGACAAGCUCAAGUCUCACUCGAAGUCAUCCACUAUCGCGACUCACGCUGUUCAUCGAUUCGAACGGAUUCCUCAGAGUCGGUGGUCGACUGAAUCACUCAUUGCUUUCGUAUGACGAAAAGCACCCGUUCAUCUUGCCUUGCGAAUCAUCGUUCUCCACAUUGGUCAUCGAUCAUCAUCAUCGGUUGACGCUCCACGGAGGUCCGCAACUCACUCUCGCCACAAUCCGACAGCGGUACUGGAUCCUGGGAGGAAGAGUACCGAUCCGCAUGUUCAUACAUCGUUGCGUUCCUUGUGUGCGUCAUCGCGCCACUCUCAGCAGCCAACAGAUGGGCCAACUCCCUCAGUCUCGAGUCACGCAAUCAAGGCCGUUUCUUCACUCUGGCGUUGACUACGCUGGUCCGUUCUCGAUUCGAGCCUCCCGCGGAAGAGGAGCGAAAUCAUGCAAGGGAUAUAUCGUUAUCUUCAUCUGCUUCACGACCUCGGCUGUGCAUCUCGAGCUAGUUUCGGACUACACGACGGAGGCAUUCAUCGCGGCGUACAAACGCUUCACAUCUCGACGAGGAAUUUGUGUCUCGAUCGCAAGCGAUUGUGGAACGAAUCUCGUUGGCGCAGACUCAGAACUUCGCCGUCUUCUCGCUGCAUCGUCAAAGGAGUUCUCAGAAAUCGCAAACAUCCUCGCAUCACACGGAACCCAGUGGCGGUUCAAUCCUCCCUCCGCGCCUCAUUUCGGUGGAAAAUGGGAAGCCGGAGUGAAAUCGGUCAAAUUUCAUCUCAAACGAGUCAUCGGAGAAGCUACUCAAACGUUCGAGCAAUUCGCGACGUUCCUCACGCAAGUAGAAGCCACGCUUAAUUCUCGACCUCUUUGCGCUAUCUCGGACGAUUCACGGGAUCCAAGUGCCUUGACUCCAGGACACUUUCUCGUCGGCUCAGCAUUAAACACAAUUCCUGAGCCGUCACUUAUCGAGGUGCCAGUUCAAUGGCUAUCGCAUUGGCAACACUCGCGUCAAAUGCUGGAGCAUUUUUGGAAACGGUGGAGUACGGAGUAUCUUCAGUCCUUCCAAAACCUCUCGAAAUGGCAGACUCAUUGCGGGAACAUCAAAAUCGGAUCCAUCGUUCUCGUAAAAAACGAAAAUCUACCUCCAUCUGUGUGGCCCCUCGCGAAAGUGAUCGAACUGAAUCCGGGAACCGACGGUCUUAUUCGCGUUGUGACCGUUAAAACGAAAUCCGCUGUGUUAAAACGUCCAAUCGUAAAAUUGUGUGUGCUUCCAGUGUCCUCUUAA